AUGAAGGUCACCACGAUUAUCACCGCUUUCUUGCCGGUUCUGGCUCUUGCUCAGACCGACAGCACCACCACCAUCACCUCGACUGAGACCCAGACCAAGACCAUCACCCUGUCCCGCGCCCACACUACCACCAUGACCUACGGCAGCAACAACACCACCGCAACUAUCAAGCCUACCGGCUCCGGCGGCUCCGUCAUUGCCACCGCGACGUCCGCUGCUCCUGCCGCCUCUUCCUCUACCGGCGCCGCAUCAAGUCUCAACUCUGGCAGCAUCGCCUUCGCCGGUGUUGCCGGUAUCAUCGCUGCUGCGCUGUUGUAA